AUGAUUCCGAUGCCCGCAGCAACACUAGCUGUCGACUCGGCACUACCAGCCUCGCUCAUCUCGCUCAUCCAGAAUGCGGCGUUGACCGCCGAACCUCCCAUCUCACCAGAUGCGCUUGCCGACAAACAAGUUGCGUCCUACAUCCGCUCUCUCUCCAACUUCACCCUUCCCGAUCUACGUACCCAACCGCAGCAGCUUCAAUCCAAGUCCGAAGCUCUACAUCAGCAGCUUUCAGAUCUCUGCAUCUCUCAAACACGCGCUUUCAUCCACAUUCACCAAGCAGAGCAGCAGUUCGGUCCUUCCCUCGACACAUUUGCCUCUCACCUGGAUGACUUGAUCAAUCGCACCCUGCCAGAACUGCAAGCUGCGGCAGCUGCAUUCGUCACAACCAGUCAACCCGUCUUGGCGGAACGAGAGCGCAUCCAGAAUGUUGCAGAUCAGUACGAGCAUGGUCAUCUCUCCGAUCUCCUUGAGAUACCCCCCCUCAUCCACACCUGUGUCAAGGCCGGGCAUCACUCGGAUGCGAUCCAGCUGGCCAAACACCUCGUAGAUCUACUUAGAGCAGCUGAGACCGAUGCUGCUACCAUCACCGCUGACGCUGCCUUUUCGACUUCACGUUCGGACACUACACAUGGUCAACGCAAUACCUACCUUUCCCUGCUUAUCGAGGCACUCUGGCAUCUGGCCGCCAUGAAGGCCGACCUCAUUUCAAGCUUCUCAAAGCCUGGUCUGAAGCUUCCUGCUGCGCUCAAAUCUGUCGCUGUCCUUCGUAGCCUCACUCAGUUUGAGGCUCUCCUCCCGACUCUCGCGGAUUGGCAUCUGGUCGAUUCACACGAUCGCGUUCCUCUUCUCAGUAUGAGCGAGAAUCAGCUCUGUCUCUCCUUUUUGAAGGCUAGGAUACGCUCUUUACAUUCUGCUCUCGAUACUAUGGGCUCGCCUUCCUCUCUUUCCAGUCAAGCUUUCUUGCGCCGGUACAUUGAUCUGUGGCGCGAAGAAUUGGCAGACAGCCUUGGUAUGGCAUUUGCGCUUUUCAUCGAUGAUACUUCACCGACUGCUCAAGUCCGCUCCAGCAACGGUGCGGUGGCCAACAUGGUCACACCUGCUUACCUCAUUUCGUCGUUUGCGACAUCUGGUCUCGAGCGGCUGCGUGAGACUAUUUCUGCGCAGCUCGUCGCAUUCGCACAGCCGAUCCAAUCGUCUUCUUCUGCCUCUUAUGGAUCUGCCAACAGCCUCGAGACGCUCGCCGAGAACCUUUCCUAUCUUCACACACAGCUCAGCUACGCGUCUGCCUCUCUUGCCCGGUUCGGAUUUGACUUUGGCACUCUUCUCUGUGCUCCAUUCGGUUCUUCCGCCAUCACUCCGUCCACAGCGUCACUCGGCCUUAUUGAAGCUACCUGGCUCAAUGCUUUGACUUGUUCGCUCGAUCGAGCAUUCUCGCCAAUGCACCAACAGCUGGACAAGCUCACCAACGAAGCAUCGCUGCCAUCGCGCUGGCUUGUUUCACCUCAACUACCUCUAUCAGCCUUGCAAGAUAUGUAUCGCGUAUGCGAAGACAAUGCCGAUCCAUCGUACGACGACCUUUCACAGCCCAACAUUGAGCUUGUCGACUAUCCGCCAUUUGGUAAACUGCUCAAUCGUCUUUUGGAGUGGAUCAAUGCCCUUCAAGUUUUUCCUCCUAUCUCUCUUGCACCAUCGCUCUUGCAAAAUCUCGACCGUCAUUUUGCACGUGCUUCGCAACGCUUGUUCGAAGAGAUUCCCGAAAUCAUUGCCCAGCUCGCCAUAGAAACGUCCAACGAUGAUCACGUCUUGGUCGACGCCGAAGCGCAAGCCCUUCUGCAGCAUUUCGAUGAGCAGCCAGAGGCAAAGCGAACACUACAGACGCAGCUGCUUCGGGAUCGAGAGAACGCCAUGUUGAUCAAAGCCAUACGCAUGUGGCGUUCUUCUGUCGUCGAUUGGACCAUGAACGUCGUUGCAUCCCAGAUCUUUGAUGUCGCGUCAAAUAGCAGAAAAGGCAGUCUGGCACCAGGCGAAAUUGACGCUGUCUGGCAAAAGGCUAAGCAAUGGAUCGAUGGCACCCAGUCAAGAAUCGUCCAAUCAGAUAAGCAGAGGCGAUCAGAAGCUAAUCUCAGGAGAAAGGCCGUUCAGGAGGCUCAGGCUCAGGCUAAACUCAAGGCUGAUCAAGAGGCGAGGCGUAAAGCUGAAGAGGAGGCUCGUCUGAAAGCUGAAGAGGAGGCACGACUCAAGGCCGAAGAGGAAGCUCGUCUAAAAGCAGAGGAGGAGGCGCGAAUCAAGGCGGAAGAGGAGACGCGACUCAAGGCAGAAGAGGAAGCUCGACUAAAGGCAGAGGAGGAGGCGCGACUCAAGGCUGAAGAGGAAGCUCGACUGAAGGCUGAAGAGGAGGCGCGACUCAAGGCUGAAGAGGAAGCUCGACUGAAGGCAGAGGAGGAGGCUGAAGCGAAGGAAGCCGCCAGAUUGAAAGCUGAAGAGGAAGAAAGACUCAAAGCCGACGAAAUGGAGAGGCUGAAAGCUGAAGCCAAGAGUGCUACGGCCAAGGACGAAGCUGCACGGGUCGAAACUGCAGAAGAGGCCAGAAUCAAGGCUGAAGAAGAAGCAAAAGUAGCAGCACAGGAGGAAGCAAAAGGACUGAAAGCGAAAGUGAUACUCGACGAAGGAGCCGGUACCAUUGCUGAGGAUGAAACCAGGUCGAAAGCUGUUCAAGAUGCUCAAUCUGUCGAGAUCGGGCCUAACAUCCCUUUCGUCGACGCCGAGACCCAGGCGGCGCCUCUCAAGAAGAAAGAUGAUGAGAAUUCUGGCAACUCCUCCGUGGCCGAAGCUGCAACAGAGGCAGCGCCCAAGACCGUGGAGCAAUCUGCUCCUUCAGCUGCUUCAGCAGCCAAGAAAUUCAGUUUGGCUGAGAAGCUUCGACAACGCAAAGAGGAGCGCGAUCGAGCAGCAGCAGCUGCUGCUUCCAGUACAGCUGUCUCAGAGGCCAAGGAAGCGGCUCCUGCUCAGGACGAAAGCUCUCUCUCUACAUCUGUCGUUCCAGCUAAUGAAUCUUCGAACAGCAUCAUCAAGACCGCGCAUGACGACAACCUACCAUCGAGGUCGGAAGAUAACCACAAGACAUCUGAUAAUUCAGCGGCCCCAGCAACGACCGAGGGGAGCAAUCUCCCGACCUCUACAGCGGAUCCAUCUGAUCGGGACGAAGGUGACUAUGACGACGAACAUGAUGAUGAUGCCGCCGCCGAAGAAGACGAUAGCGGAGCCAACACUCCCGUGACACCAAGCACGCCCAAUCCCGAAGUCACAUCCGGCAGCACCAGCGCAGGCAAGAAGAACAGGAAGAAAAAGAAGAAGAAAAAGUAG